UGUAUACUUACUUUGUUUACAUUCUCCGAAUACACAUGUUUCAAAACGCACAUGGCGACCACCAAGGAUGACAAACGGGGGCCGGCGGCUUCAGCCCCGGCUUCUGCCGGGUCCCGCGCCCAUUCACGGCAAGCCUUUGCCCAAUUGGAGGAGAACCGUCAAUUUGCGCACAAACGCAAGGCUCGCUUGAUCGUGCGCAACAUCUCGUUCAAGACCGUGGAGUCGGAUCUGGAGCAACAUUUUGCCCAAUUCCAGGGCCAAGUGGUCGAGGCUAAGAUCUUGAAGAAACCCGAUGGCAAGAUGGUCGGUUGUGCCUUUGUUCAAAUGGCCAGUGUGGCUCAAGCGGCCAAAGUCAUCAAGGAACUGAAUGGAAAACCCAUGUUGGGACGACCCGUAGCCGUGGAUUGGGCGGUCGACAAGCGUACUUUCCAAGAGCGAGGCCCCGCCCCUAUCCCGACCCCAGUGGCCUGUCAAGACGAGCCCGAUGAAAAGCCCAUCAAGGUUGAAAUCAAAGACGAACCUGAAGAAGCUGAAGAAAUGAAAAAUGAAGAGGAAGACGAUGACAAUGAUGAGGGCAAUUCUGAAGAUGAUAAUGAAGAAGAUGAAGACAGUGGCGAAGAAAGAGAGGCCAAACCCUGGCAUGGCUUGUCUCACGGUCACGACAUCAAUGAGAACAAAACGGUUUUCUUGCGCAAUUUGAGCUUUGAUUCAGAUGAGAUGGGAUUACGUGAGUUGAUGGAGACAGAAUUUGGGGCCGUCAUUUUUGUUAAACUAGUCAUCGACAAGAUGACCGAGAACCCCAAAGGCACGGCCUUCGUCAAAUUUCAUAACCCUGAACACGCUGAGAAGCUUCUCGCAAUGUCUGACACUCCGGAUGGCAUUCAUCUCGAUGGACGUCGCAUUUUCGCUGUAAAAGCCUUAGCGAAGGACAACGUGGACCAAGUACAGAAGGAAAAGAAAGCGAAGGAGAAGAAGGAUACGCGGAACCUUCAUUUAGCGGUCGAGGGUCUUAUUCGCAAAGGAACUCGAGCCGCUCAAGGCGUUUCUGAGGCCGAUAUGACCAAACGCACGCAAGUGGAUCGAUGGAAAAGAGGCAUUCUCAAGGAUCUCAAUAUGUUCGUAUCUCCUUUCCGAUUGUGUGUUCGGAAUCUGCCGCCGGAUUUUUCCGACAUGAAGCUCAAAAAGUUGUUCGUUAAACAUGCAACGCCCAAAGCUGGCAUUACGGAAUCCAAAAUUAUUCGAGACAUGACAAAAUUAGAUAAGGACGGGUUAGGUAAGAGCAAGGGAUACGGGUUCGUCACCUUCAAGUCGCAUGAGGACGCCUUAAACGCACUCCGGAAAGUGAACAACAAUCCGAAAUGUUUCCUGAAAGAUGCCCGACCCAUUGUGGAGUUUUCGGUCGAAAACCGAAAGGCUGUCAACGCUCGAGAAAAGCGUCUCCAGAAGAGUCGCGAUAAUAACCCAUUGUACCAUAAAAAUCAGGAUGGCAGUGGUGGCAAAUUGCAAUUCAAGAAGAAGAACAAGAAAGAUGUGCUCGAGGAUAAAGAGGAGUUUAUGGGAUCUAUUCAUGAUCCGAAGCAACGAAACCUGCCUUCUCAUACCGGCGAAAAGAUUCGACACAAUCGGAAAGCGGCACCAAUUUCGAGGAAGGAUAUCAAGAAGAUGGAAAAAGACAAGAAAAAUCCUAAAAAGAGGAAAAUCCGAACUAUUGUCGAAGACAAACCCACAUUCAAUGAGCACAGCCAAGCUCAGACCGAUGACGGACAGCCGAAGGCCAAGAAGGCCAAAAAGAACAAGAAAGGAAAAGGGAAAAAGCCUGCAGAUGCCAAGGACGAGAAACAAUUCGAUUCGUUGGUCAACCAAUAUCGAGCCAAGUUAAACUCAGCCGCGUCUAACGUCGAAACAAAAAGGAAAUGGUUUGAUUAAAUGCCAGCUAGAUCACGUAUAAUAACAUUGAAAAUAUAGUUCAAAAGUUUCCUCAUGCAGAUUUCCAUUCAACCAUUUGUUGAUUCAAUCAUGAGUUAUGUUUGUUUCAGAUAAA